AUCAUCUGUUUCUUGAAUCGAAAAUCGUUUCAUUGUUCCGUGUGAUUGACACAUUAAAUGUGAUUGUCAAUCAUGGAUAUACGCGGUAUAGAAGUUACAAAUCAAUUACGUAGCGCUAUUCGUGCUAAGCUGCUAGAGUUAGGAGUCCGAUACGACGAAGAAUUACCUGAUUAUAUUUUAGUAAUGGUUGUAAACAAAAAGUCACGCCAACAAAUGCACGAUGAUCUAUACCUGUUUUUGGAGAAUUGUACCACACCAUUUGUGGACUGGCUGCAUGAUCAAGUGUUAAAAAAAUUACAGAAGGUCACGGUAGCAAAAAAGAAGUCGUUAAGAGAAUUUGUGCCUACAGUUGUGGUCAAGCAGGAAGAAGAAAGGAAAAAGAGAAAAACGUCUACAACCUCUUUUUUAGAAGAUCAGGCUGCUAAUCAAACUCCGGAAAAGUCUUCUAAUAAAAAUACAAAGGAAGAAAAGUCAUGUAACAAGCAGAGCACAAAAACAUCUGUGCCUAGUCAAAAAUUGGAUACGAAUCAGACCAAAAGUACAGAGAAAUCUCUAAAGAGUACAACAAGCCGUGAAGCUAUGUUGGAUACUGGAUCAAAUUAUAAUGUCUCUCAACUGCCCGCGUCGAGGAAAUCGCAAUCGUGUGAUGGUGAAACUGGGAUCGCGAAUAAAGAAGCAGCUUCUUUCGAAACUCCCACCGGUAGAUCUGUGGAUUCUCGAGUCAGUUCAAAGGCAGAUGACACAUUAUCCAAAAUUAAUUUAAAGAGGCCUCUGGAUACGGCGAGUAACUUUCGCGACAAUUCAGAAAAGAAACAGACCGAAGCAAAGCGUUCAAGGAUCGAAGAGAAUGAAAACAGCACGACGGAAGACAAUGCAAGGAAAUUAAAAUCUUGUAUUAACAAGCCAAAAGUUACUUCUGUUGUCUCUGUUAAAAAUCGUCUUGGUAUAGCGUCCCCUAGAAAGAAAUUUGAAAUACAUAGGGAGAAGACAGAUAACGAAGGUCGGUACAGGCAGAAUGAAAAGCGCAUGGAAAAGCAUAGAUUCGAUGGCAACCGUAAUAACAAUUUUCAGAGGGGAAGAAACUUUGAGGUAGAUGAACGCGUAAAAAGGAAUCGAGAAGUCGAAUCGCAACACAAUGAUUCGGACAAAACUGGCGACAUAAAGACUCGAUUAGGCAACUCGAAGAUCGAGAGAAUACCUAAAAACGUAGAAUUAAGAGAAAAAGUAAAUUCCAUCGUGAAAUCGAAACCGACGGAGAAAACGAUGGGUACGGUUAAAGAUCGUUUAGGGAUUGCGAGUACCAAUAAGUUGCAGAAACAGUUAGGAGGUAAAGAACCAGUGGAAUUCAAGAACAAACCUUUAGAGCAAGAUCGCGAUACAUUGAGUAGCAAUAAAAAUAUAAAAAAUAGAUUGGGACCGCUAAAAAAUAAUUUCAGACCAGUAAGCAUUAAAAGUGGUGGUUUCAAUUCAACAAAUAGGCGUUCCCAGAGUAGCGAAGAAGAUGAUUACCUGAAUCUGGGCGCGGAAGAAGAGUUGGACGAUGACGUGCAAUCUACUGGAAAUUCUGGUCCUAUCAAAUCUCAUAUAAUAGCCGUGAAUAAGGUUAUUAUAUCGGGAAAAACUGAAAGGAAACGAGUAAAAUCAUUGGAGAGAACGAGCAAAGAAUCGAGUGACACGGAAGACGUUGGAGAUACAAAGAUACCCAGCAAAGUAAUUGUGACACCAAGACCAUUGAAACCGUUACAACCUGUACAGAAACGCGCAACACAGUCCCUCCUGUUACGAGCUGUUGCAGAGGCCAACCAAUCUGUCGUUACACAAAAGAAUCCAGAACCAUCUUUAUUGGAAAAGAAACAAACCUUGAAGCGUCUCAAGCCUGCUGCCGUACGAGAUGUGGGACAAAAUUUAUCGGUACAUCUUAACUCGAAUAAGAGAUUAGUUAUGGAGAAAAUUCAAGUCGAGUUAAAUACAGAUGUAUCCGAAACAAAAUCGAAGCCUUAUGUACAACAAUCGGUUACCGAGGAACAUAUGGGAGUGGUAAUGUCGCUGUUUCAAAGGAGCGACGAUAACCAGAAAUUUUUAGUCACUUUAAACGGAUACAAUAAUAAUCUUACGAAAGAGAAAACUUCGUCCGACGAUGACGAACGUUUGGAAAUGGAGGUAAAUGAAGACGAUGAACUUGUGCUUUUAACAACACAGAAUGAUGUAUAUGCACAGAAUGAGUCAGAAACGUCUGUUUUUCAAGUAACCGAAAUGGAUGGUGAGUGCGAUCCGAAUGGGAAAGAAAGAGUGGAAGAAAAUAACGAAAAUUGUAAUACCGAGAAUGUUGAGAAGACUGACGAGGUACCUAGGAAAAGAAGAAAAUUAAGUCCAAUAGUGUAUAACAGAUCUCAUUCACCGAGUCCUGGAGAUUUGAAGUCGAGUACGUUAUCGAGUAACCAAUCGUUGUUAGCCAAACGUUUAGAGAAAAAACCCUUAACAGAAAGCGCAGUAACAGUAAUAGACAAGUCGAAGGAAAAGUGUAGAUACUGGCCGAAUUGUACGUUAGGCAACAAGUGCGCGUAUCUUCAUCCACUUGUAAUGUGCAGUGCGUUCCCAGCUUGUAAGUUUGGAGACAAGUGCGCUUACAAACAUCCUAAAUGCAAAUUCGGAUUGUCGUGCACAAAACUAGGAUGCGUGUUCUCUCACCCCGUUCAACAGUGCAAGUACCAUCCGUUCUGCACCAAACCAACUUGUCCGUACUCGCAUCCGACGCCGGCGGCCGUCGAAACAUCCAGUCAAAGAGCGAAAUUCACGUGGCGCAGACGAGAUUGA